AUGGCAUCGCUACGUCCUGUGAUCCGACUCGCCCGCAACCGAGCUCGAGCUCAAGCGCCCGUUCACGCCCGGCAGUUACGAACUUAUGCGACGGCUUCGGACGCAAGAAGCUCGCCGCAUUUCUCAGACAACUACGUGAAAGUAGUUGAGGUUGGCCCAAGAGAUGGAUUACAGAACGAGAAGAAGUCCAUCCCAGUGGCCACCAAGAUCGAGUUGAUCGGGAAGCUGGCAAAGACGGGCUUGUCCUUCAUUGAGGCAGGCUCGUUUGUGUCGCCGAAAUGGGUUCCACAAAUGAACAACUCGAGCGAGAUUAUGGAGCACAUCCUCAAAACUAGAAUAUCAUCAAAGGUUCCGGUCACGUAUUCGUUCCUUGCACCGAAUGCCAAAGGCGUCAACAACGCUAUAGACAUCUUGACAAACAACCCGGAGGCAUACCUUACACAAACUCAAUCGUUCGCUGGCACGGACAAGAGUGGAAAGCCGGCAUUGGAGUUGGCGGUAUUUGCUGCGGCGACGGAAAGCUUUUCCCAGAAGAACCUGAACUGUGACAUUGCAACAUCGCUGGAGAGAUUCCGAGAUGUGAUCCAAGGCGCAAAGAGUGCGGGAGUCCGGGCUCGCGCCUAUAUUUCGGUUGUACUAGGCUGUCCGUUUGAGGGCUAUGAAGUAGACCCGCACAAGGUUGCCGAGAUUGCAACAUCGUUGCUUGAGAUGGGGGCCGACGAGAUUUCACUGGGCGACACGACCGGAAUGGGAACAGCUCCUCGGACGAAGGCGCUGUUGCAAUGCAUGAGCGCGGCUGGCAUCCGGAACGAGGACAUCGCCAUGCAUUUCCAUGACACGUACGGCCAGGCGCUUGUGAACACUGCUAUAUCGUUGGAGCAUGGCAUCAGGACGUUUGACAGCUCCGUCGGCGGACUGGGUGGCUGUCCGUACAGCCCAGGCGCUACAGGCAACGUUGCUACUGAGAACAUGGUCUACUUCUUGGAAAGCCUCGGGAUGGAGACGGGUGUAGACCUCGACUCAAUCUCGGACGUUGGACAAUGGAUCACUGGAGAGAUAGGCAAACCAAACGAUGCCGCUGUGGGCAAGGCUGUGCUUGGGGCUCGUAGGGCCUCCGACACCUCAGCGCUCUCAUUCCUACCGCCACCUUCCGUCGCUUUUUGUCCACCCAUCACAAUGGCGGACCCUCGCGAGUCAUCGUCCUACUCCGUCGUGCCGCGCAUUCGUUACAACACCGUAGGAGGUGUCAACGGACCGCUGGUCAUCCUCGACAACGUUAAAUUCCCGCGAUACAAUGAGAUCGUCACCCUUACCCUGCCAGAUGGCACAGAGCGAUCUGGUCAGGUCCUUGAGGCCAGAGGCAACCGAGCUGUCGUCCAGGUGUUCGAGGGUACAUCCGGUAUCGAUGUCAAGAAGACAAGGGUCGAGUUUACAGGUCAGAGCUUGAAGCUUGGUGUCUCCGAGGACAUGUUGGGCCGUAUCUUUGAUGGAUCAGGAAGGGCCAUCGACAAGGGCCCCAAGGUCUUGGCCGAGGAUUACUUGGACAUCAACGGCCAGCCCAUCAACCCAUUCUCGCGAGAGUAUCCCGAGGAGAUGAUCUCCACCGGUAUCUCCACCAUCGACACCAUGAACUCGAUUGCCCGUGGCCAGAAGAUCCCCAUCUUCUCCGCUGCCGGUCUGCCGCACAACGAAAUUGCCGCUCAGAUUUGUAGACAAGCCAGUUUGGUCAGCCAGGCACAGAAGCAUGGCAUCACCAACAAGGGCACUCACGAUGGCCACGAGGAGAACUUCUCCAUUGUCUUCGGAGCCAUGGGUGUCAACUUGGAGACGGCCAGAUUCUUCACUCGCGAUUUCGAGGAGAACGGCAGUCUGGAGCGUGUCACACUUUUCCUCAACUUGGCCAACGACCCUACUAUCGAGCGUAUCAUCACCCCUCGUCUCGCCCUUACCACCGCCGAGUACUACGCCUACCAGCUCGAAAAGCACGUCCUCGUCAUUCUCACCGAUCUCUCCGCCUACUGUGACGCUCUUCGUGAGGUCUCGGCUGCCCGUGAAGAAGUUCCUGGACGUCGUGGUUUCCCUGGUUACAUGUACACUGAUUUGUCGACAAUCUACGAGCGCGCUGGUCGUGUCACUGGCCGCAAUGGCUCCAUCACUCAGAUCCCCAUCUUGACAAUGCCCAACGACGAUAUCACGCAUCCUAUUCCUGACUUGACUGGCUACAUUACCGAGGGCCAGAUCUUCAUCGACAGACAGCUACACAACCGUGGUAUCUACCCGCCCAUCAACGUUCUGCCCUCUUUGUCCCGUCUCAUGAAGUCCGCCAUUGGUGAGGGCAUGACACGUAAGGACCACGGUGAUGUUUCCAACCAGCUCUACGCCAAGUACGCCAUCGGUCGUGAUGCCGCGGCUAUGAAGGCUGUUGUUGGUGAGGAGGCCUUGUCCAACGAAGAUAAGUUAUCGCUUGAGUUUUUGGAGAAGUUCGAGAGGAACUUCGUGGCACAGGGUGCGUAUGAGAGCCGCACUAUUAUCGAGUCACUUGACUUGGCCUGGAGCUUGCUCAGAAUCUACCCCAAGGAGUUGCUCAACAGAAUCCCGGCCAAGAUCAUCCAGGAAUUCUACCAGCGCUCUGCAGGAAAGGGCAAGGAGAAGGAGAAGGAGAAGGACACAAAGAAGACGCACCCAGAGGACCAGGAGGAGAACCUCAUCGACGCAUGA